AUGAAAGCAGUGGGAAACAGAGACACUAUGGCUGCCACUCUGUCUCUUACUCAGCUCUCCAGUGGAAAUCCCAUCUAUGACAAAUACUAUCGACAGGUUGAUCCGACUGGCAGUGGGCGGGUGGCGGCAGCUGAUGCAGCUCUGUUCCUGAAGAGGUCAGGCUUAGCUGACCUGGUCCUGGGGAAGAUCUGGGAUUUGGCAGACUCUGAACGUAAAGGUUCUCUCAACAAACAGCAAUUCUUCAUAGCGUUGCGGUUGGUAGCCUGUGCUCAAAAUGGCCUGGAGGUGGCACUCAAGAGCCUUAAUGCGGCUGUUCCUCCCCCAAAAUUUCGUGACACAAGCAGCCCACUGUUAACGGGAGGAGUGGCUGUCGACAUACCCUGGGUUGUCAAGCCUGAGGAGAAAAUGAAGUUUGACUCCAUCUUUGACAGUCUGGGUCCAGUGGGAGGGAUGCUAACAGGUGACAAGGUUAAGCCUGUCCUGCUUAACUCCAAACUACCAGUGGACAUCCUCGGCAGGGUUUGGGAGCUCAGUGACCUUGACAGAGAUGGCAUGUUGGACAAAGAUGAAUUUUCUGUGGCCAUGUAUUUGGUGUACAGAGCUCUGGAGGGGGAGCCUGUUCCCAUGUCCCUACCACCUCCCCUGGUUCCACCCUCCAAAAGGAAAAAACCCUCGGUGCCACCCGUGCUGCCCCUGUUGCCCUCGCCCCCCUCUGUCAAAGACAGUCGCUCCUCCCACGCUGGCUCAAAGACCAUGCCCCACCCCCCUAAACCCACCCCAGCUCCUGUCCCAGCACCAGCAGCUGUCUCUUGGGUGGUGUCAGCAGCAGACAAAGCCAAGUACGAUGAGCUCUUCAACAAGACAGACAGUGACAUGGAUGGGCUGGUGUCUGGACCCGAAGUCAGAGAUAUCUUCCUCAAGACUGGGCUGCCCUCUGCCACGCUCGCACGCAUCUGGGAGCUUUGUGACAUUGGAGACAUUGGGAAACUGACCCGAGAGCAGUUUGCCCUGGCGCUUUAUUUAAUCAAUCAGAAGCUGACUAAAGGCCUGGACCCUCCGCAGAGCCUCUCCCCAGAGAUGAUCCCUCCAUCUGACAGACAAAACAUCAAACAGAAUAAUGCAGUAAACCUGGCAGCUGACUUCUCGGCCAUCAAGGAGCUUGACUCUCUCAGUAACGAGAUUGUUGAACUACAAAGGGAGAAGAGUUCUGUCGAAGAGGAGAUCAAGGAGAAGGAGGAAGCCAUCAGGCAGCGCAGCAGCGAAGUGCAGGACCUACAAGACGAGGUGGCAAGGGAGAGCGAGGAGCUCCAGCGACUCCAGGCUCAGCGUCAGAAGGUCCAGGAGGCCUUAGAGGAGCUGGACCAACAGAAGGGCUCCCUGGAGGAGCAGCUGGCUCACAUUCGCCAACAGACCAGCCAGGAGACACAACUGAUCUCAUCACUGCAGUCGGAGCAUGAAGAGCAGGAACAGAGGAUAUGUCAGUAUGAGGAGGAACUGGUCCAGGCCCGAGACGAGCUCCUUGCUCUGCAGGAGGAGAGCAGGAGGCUGCAGGAGAAAGUCCAGGCCGCUCAGGAGCAGCUCACACCUCUGCAAGAGUCUGUGCGAGACUCCUUCACACAAGUUGCACAGGUUCAGCAGAAACUGAAUGACCUUCAGGUGGAGGAGAGAUCAGUGACCGCCCAGCUCAGCUGGAAGAGAGCCCUGGAGGACAGCUCUCCUGUCAUGGUCAAUGGAUCAGCAGGCCCUACAGCAGAGCUCCACCAGGGGGACCCCUUCAGUCAGGAUCUUUUCCAGGAGGACCAGCCUAAAGAGCUGAAGGAGGAAGAACCAGCUGCUGUCUGCAAUCUUCAGAAAGAAGAACCAGAUCAAAAAGAGAAAGGAGCGAAUGAGAAAGAAGAGGAAGAAGAGAAGGAGGACGAGAGUCCAAAUACUUUAGAGGAGGAAAAGCCGAAGCCUGAUGCCUUGGAUGAUCUCUACACUAGUCUAGCUUCCUCUGAUAUGUACAAUAGUCUAGCAACCCUCGCCAAGCAACGGGACAACACUGUUAGGGAACACAGUAGCCCUGAAGUCUCCUCAGAAGUUGCAGAUGAUGCAGAGGAAUCCUCUAAAGAGAGUCCGCCAAAGCAGGUUGAAUCACCAGAGCAAGAGAGCAAACAGGAGCCAGCAGAGUCCCCAGAAACCACCACUACCACCUCAUUACCACCUCAAGUUGGCCCUCGCUCCAUGCCGCCACAGACCAGUCCUCCCUCCCUGCCUGAGAUGGACUUCUUCCAUUCAGACCCUUUUACUGACCACGACCCAUUCAAAGAUGAUCCAUUUGGAAAAGCAGAUGUUGCAGAUCCUUUUGGAGGAGAUCCGUUUAAGGGGACAGACCCCUUUGCUGCAGACUCUUUCUUCACACAGACCUCCAGCGCCCCCUUUUCUUCCGAGGACCCUUUCUCUGCCUCGGCUGACCCAUUUGGUACCACUGCUGGCGUACCAGAACCAGACCUGUUUGCAGCCAAGUUGAAUGAUGCCGCAGCUGCACCAGCAGCGGGUCCCGAUCCCUUCACUUCCAAACCUACCAAUCCAGCUUUAGCGUCCAAGGAUCCAUUCAGCUCCACUGGGAACAACAUGGCUGAGUCUGACCCAUUCGGAGGCAAAGUCAACACCAUGGCAGAGGAGGAUCCUUUUGGUUCUCAGGACGGAGGGACAGAUCCCUUCAGCUGCUCGUCGGCCAGCUCUGAUCUGGCAGUGAAGGACACUGCAGCAACCAAUGACCCUUUCGCUCCAGGUGGUACUACAGUGAGCGCCAGCUCAGAUCCAGAUCCGUUUGCUGCUGUGUUUGGUAAUGAAUCAUUUGGAGGGGGCUUUGCAGAUUUCAGUGCCUUGACAAAGUCAAACGGUGCUGACCAGUUUGGCAUCAACAAUAAGAACCUGUUCCAGGAAGACAGUCAGUCUACCAGCCCUGACCUGCCCCCUGCCCUGCCCCCGAAAACGGGUACGCCAACUAGACCACCUCCUCCACCUCCAGGUAAGAAAUCGUCCAUCUCCAGAACAGAGUCCUCUGACUCCUUCCAUCGACGAGGGCACUUCCUCCCACAGCCUUCAGGAGACUUCUCCUCCUCUUCCUCCUCGCCUCCCCUGCCUGCCAAGGAUCCUUUAGCCGACCCCUUCGCCCCCUCCUCCCCUCCUCGCCACAACGUACGGGAAGCUGACCGAUUUGCCAGCUUUGACAAAUAUCCAACAGAGGAAGACAUGAUAGAGUGGGCGAAGCGCGAGAGUGAGCGAGAAGAGAAGGAGCGACUUGCCAGGCUCACCCAGCAGGAACAAGAGGACCUGGAGCUGGCCAUCGCUCUCAGCAAAUCUGAACUCUCCUGAGGAGCUUGUUCCCCCUCCCUCCCCUGGCCUGGCCUGGCCUGGCUCGGCUCACUUUGGCUCGGCACAGCACAGCACAGCCCGGCCCAGCCCAGCCCAGAAAGCACCAAAGCAAAGUGGGGACUGUAUAGGACUGAUUCAGCAGCACCUGCUGACCCCAUGAAGAGACGUUCUUAGAAUAAACCCAUCCCUGAAUCUUUCAGCAACCUGACCCCACUCCUCCCCAGACUGUGUUCACUGUUCACAGGUGUUGCAGUAGCGCGUUUCUCCAUCCUGUUGGUCUCUGUGGUUUUCUUUUGGAGGAGAGGACCGAGAUGGAGUGUAUGGUUUGUUUCAAUGAAAUGCAGUGAAUAUGGAUUUAGAGAGUGUCAAGUGUUAAGCUCAUGAUUCUCUUAUAAUGCCACAUUAACUCUCCAGAAUGUAAUUUAUUUAAAACUAGAUUGAAAUGGCCUUGUCAGAAGCCUUGUCUUUAUCCACUAACCAAACUCACUACACUUUUAUAACAUCUCAGCUCUCUCCAGCUUCUAAAUUCAUACUGAGAUUUUAUUAGUUAAUGAUAGACAUGCCAAAAAAAGGCCCAAGUUUUCUUCCAAGAAACUCUGUUAAUUUUCUGAAACUCAGCAUUUCAUGGCUGAGUUUCAGAGGAAGUGUUGUAACAAAAUCCAGGCAUGUAUCUUUAUUAUCGUCCUUUUCAAAUUGAGUGAUUAUAUACUUUUUCAGUCCUGUACAACAGCAGAGGGCCUGUGGGAUUUUUUUUUUUUUUUUUGACAGAAUUCAACAUUUCUACAUGUUUAACUGGAAGUUACCAGUCCUCUUAUAUGUGAAAUGCAUGUGCAGAUGUGAAAUGCUAAAAUGGGACGAAUCCAUCACAGCUGCCGCACUCAGCUUCAUGAUACUUUCAUUUCUUUUAAAUUGAGGUAGUGCAAAGCUUUGCCCUGCAUCUGUUCUGUCUGUUAGAAAGUCUUUUUUUGGGGGGGGGCACAACAAGGAUAUAACUGUUAAUUGAUUUGAUUGAGUCCAACUUUCAUUAUCUGAGAUUUAAAUGAUAUCCAAACUGCUGAGUGUGGACUUUAACAGACAUGGAUAAGUUUAAAACUGAUGAAUGUAUGUGUCUUGAACCUUUACUUCCUUUACUCGCACAUUUAAUGAAUAGUGUUAAUAACUGUUAAUCCUGGGAGGCCAGAGGUCAGGCACAGAGCAGUCUCCUUAAAACAGUGUCUUCCUCAGUGAAAACCCAGCAGCAUGGACGCUGGUUGGGUAACUUUUUUUUUUUUUUUAAUGAAAGAGAAACAUUUCCUCAAUUACUCUAUAUCCAUGUCACAAAGUUCACACCAGGUCCCAUUUUAAAGAGUGCCACUGCUCGUGCUUCUCUUGUUAGCAUUUGUAUGUCGUUUUUCUUUUGUUUUUCUUUUGUUUUUUUUGUUUUUUUAAGUUUUUCAGGAUGUUUUCCAGGAGAUGCUUCCUCUCUGAGAGGUUAACUGGAUUUCAAAGUCUUACACAAAGUCAGUGAAAGUUGAUGAGUGUCUCUGUGAUUUUGGUGGAGCAUUUCUGUCUGUGCUCUUCAGACUCUGUCUGUAUUUAACUUGCAAAAAGGCUGUCUGCUGGUGUUGUGAGGAUAAAGGCUCCGGUUGCACUGCCAUCCAAGGGAAGGCUCGAUUGAGCACAUAAGGACUUUUUGUUUUAUUUUUUUUUCAUUUUCUUCUAAUUUCUGACCAAACAAUGCACAACACUUUGGACAUCUCUUCCUGUUCUGUUUUUUUCUUAUUUCAUUUAGAAUGAGCAGCAUCAUGUAGUUUCCGCUUCUCAUGUUUAACCCGUUUACUGUUUGCACUUCCUCCUUAGUGCAGUCUCUCAUAUUGCAGUACACUUUCAUUGUAAAUACAGGAGAACCAGAGUCGUCUGUCUGUUCUUCACCUUCACAGCUGAGUCUCUUGGCAUACUACAGUUAAUACUUUCAUUCUGUCGCAUUUAACAGCCCCCAGAAACUUUACUGUCAUUUGUACAGACUCCUUGAAUUUUACAAAUUAAGAACCACUUAUGUUUCUAGGCUUACCCAUAAAGGCUUUUUAAAACUCAAGCUAAUUGUAUUUUAUUUUGUAUUUUCUAACGUGUAAUAAAAAUCAUUAUUGGGAGGUUUGGCCAGAAUAUGUAAUGCAUUUAAUGAAAACAGAAUAAAUCUUAAAUGUGUA